CUCGCGCCGCGGGCACUGUUCACACUUUCGUCCGCUGUCCUCGGCUCUUUCAGCCGAAAGCUCACAAAAGAAGGCAAUUUAACUUCGGCAUUCUCUUCCUUACUACAGCUUAACGUACACGAGACAACCACCGUACGGCAAACCUCAAACGGCAGAGAGAGAGAGACACGAGCCGGAAAAGGGCCCAUCCAACGUCUCAGCACAACGGAGAACCUCAGCUCAGAAGAGCGGUUCUUCUCUGCGAGUUGCCAGAGUUGGUAUCUUGCACAGAGCGAAGUAGCUCCUUACCUUCAAGGCUGUGUUUCAUACAGAGAUGCUGUCUGCGAAGACAGCACUAUGAGCGGCCCCCUGGCGCUUCCCUCAGCCUGGGCUUCCAGGCAAAAAAGCUCGAGAGUCCAUGUGGUCACGGUCUGCACAAGAUCCGAAGGGUGCACCACGGCUCUGCUCUACUCUGAUGCAAUUCUUGACACACAUCUGACCCUGCUUGGAUGGGGCGAAACUUGCGGAGGGCCGGGUUGGCGCCUGAAAAAAGUUGUUGAUUUCUGCAAGGAAGUCGAGUUGCAAGAUGUAGUCGUCGUGGUCGACGGCUUCAACACAGUUAUUCUUCAACCUCGGGAGGUCAUUCUAGACAAGUUCCUCGAAUUCGGUGCGUGA